UUUUCAUUUUCGCUCGCCUUUCGAAUGGUUUUAUCAGUCGAACAAUCUCGAGCGAACUGCCGUGUUGGCUUCAUGGAUGUACUGCAAGUGUCAACCCUAUCUUUGAUAGGAAAAAGCUACUGAUCACCAAUUUUAGACAUAAACAUGGACGCAGAACUAGAGGAGCUCUUUGAACGCCUGCAAGACCAUGCGAAAGAUGAGGGAGUCAUUGAUUCAAAGAAGUUUGAUGCUAUUAUGAAGUUACUGAAAUCCAAACAAGAGGCACUAUUAGUGACAACUAUCCAGAGAAUACUUUCUGGAUUAAAGAACACUCUUAUUUACAUUGAGAGGGAACCAGACAAAGCUCUUGUGUUUGACAUGGUUGCAGAACUUGCUAAAUCAGAUGAAGUUAGGGAUUUCUUCGUUGAUGCUGGCUGGAUUGCUUUAGCCCUUGACCACCUAGAGAAUGAGGAUGAUAAUAUUGUUUUACAUGCCUUGCGGUCAAUUGGAAAUAUUUGCUUUAAUAAUGAUCUAGGAAGAAAAGCUCUCCUUGGGGCCAAUGGUGCACAUGAUAUUGUUAAUAAAUUACAGAGGCUCAAUCAGAAUUAUGACCCCUCUCAUGAUAACAGAAUGGAUGUUGUCACAUGUGGGUGUGUGCUGAAUCUUGCCACGGAUGAUCCUGAGGUUUCCCUAGAAAUGGUUAGUUGUGGCGCCAUGCCUUCUCUUCUUGGACUAGCACGUCAGAGCAUCUCCAGUAACCCUGUGCUGUGCAGGAUGGCUGUGUCUGCCAUUUCAGUCAUCAUCAAUUCUGUCGAAGGCAAAGCGAGCUUUGUAGAGAAUGGCGGCCCUGGGGUGCUGAUAGAAAUUCUAAGACAAGGGACAGAUGACGAGGAGUUAUCUUACGUAACACUAGAGGUUCUCAGCCCGCUAGUAAUUAUAGAUGAUGAUAUUAAAGUCGAGGUGGCGCGUAGCGGUGGAGCAGCGUCCCUGACGCAGGUCGUGGCGGAUUGCCGUGCGCAAUACGAUACAGAUGAGAGCAAGAAGUACCGUCUAGAGACAGCCGCGGACAUGAUCGUCACAAUCCUCACGGAAAAUGUUUGCAUGAGAUUACUGUUUGAAAAUGGAGAGGGAGUGGUGCUGAAGGAGUGCAUCAACUGGCUUUCUUCCCGGAACCGCCACCUCGAGAUAUCCGGAGCGCUUGCGCUAGGGAACUUUGGUCGAUCGGAUGAAAACUGCAUCAGGCUCGUGGAGAUAGGGGCCCAUAAGUAUCUGCUGAACCACAUAAAUGUAGCCCAACAGCGACCGGAUCCUUUCAAGCAUUUACAGGCAGUUUUUGGUGCUCUUAAAAAUCUCGCUCUUCCCGUACCUAACAAGUCUGUGCUCGUAAGAGACGGGUGUCUAGAAGCGUGUUUGAACAUGCUGAAGUCCCAGUCCCCUAUCAUCCUCGCCAAAGUCCUGGGCACGAUGUGCGCGAUGAUGAUGGCUCCCAGAGCCAUCACACUAGAGAACCAAUCAUACUCAAUCACAGGUGACAUAGCAAACAGAAUCAUGAACAUGAAAGGGCAGUUGGAAGUUCUGGUUCGUCUCAGUAAAACUAGUAACGAAGACGUAAAGAUGGAGGCUUGCCGACUUCUAGCCCUCUUAGUGAAGCAAGGACAGUCAACAGAGAUCUCGAACAAGAUGAUAAUGGCAGGAGGCCUAUCCUCGAUCAUCGAGGUGAUCUCAUCACCCAAAAACGUCGUCCAAAAUGAGGCUCUUAUAGCGAUGACCGUCAUGGCCUCGACCGUGAAAGCGGAGUUCUAUCCCAAGCUACGAGAGACUGGUCUCAUGCAUCAACUUAUCAAGCUCAUUCGGGAAAAUCGGCUGAGCGUGCAAGCGUGCUACAACUCAAUGGCCUACCUAGAGGCCCUUUCACUUCGAGAGUACUUCGUGCGAGACCUACAAGUAGCGGGCAUCAGCCGGCUUCUCGAAGACCUGAUGCACCAUCAGGACGAGAAUAUCCGAAAACGCGCGCUGAUCAUGCUCACUAGCAUAAAGGCGAGGCAGCUACAGGAGGAUCUGUGAGCAAAGAGCGGCCACCACAUGUGACCUGUCACGGUCUGACUCUAGGGCGCGUCUGUGAGGUGACCAAAAUCCCCGCCGUACUUUAGAGAUUUGGGUAUUGGGAUGCUCGCGUCGGACAACUUGAAAAAAAUUGCUCUGAAAAAAUUAAUUGUCUUUAUUUCAUAUUUUAAAAAAUGUGCGAAUAAAAAGAGGGACAGUUCUA